AUAAUGUAUGAGAUGUCGAUCAUAGAUUAAUUACGUGGUGGCAGUCCUGCACGUGUUGGGUCAUCCCACCGUGUGAAGCCAAUCUCAAUCUCAAUGGCUUCGUAGAACUUUCAAACCUUCGACUCCCCCCUUCUCCCACUUUAUAAGCCCACCUAAACCCUCUCUCUCUCUCUCUCUCUCUCGUGGCGGCAGAAGCAGCAGCAGCAGUAGAGACAUCAUCAUGGGGACCUUGGUAGGUCAUGUGGCACCUGGCUUUGGCUUUCUGGUGAUUGGGUUAUGGCACCUCUUCAACCACAUCAAGCUCUACCGCACGCACCCCAACUCCUACAUCUCCCACCCAUGGUUCUGCGCCCCCAAGCUCAAACACCUUGAGCUCUACCUCAUCAUACUCGGCAGCAUCGCCUCCAUCUCCAUGGAGCUGAUCAUCGGCCCCGAGGCCCACCAGCCCUUCGACGCCGACGGCACCAUCCCCUCCAACCACCUGCACAACUUCGAGCACGCCUCCGUUUCCCUCUCCCUCCUCAUCUACGCCUGGUUCGCCAUCGCCCUCGACCGCACCCGCCCCCGCCCGAGGCUCCACGGCGAGAUGACCAUGCUCCUGGCCGCAGCUGCCUUCGCGCAGCAGCUGCUCAUGUUCCACCUCCACGCCGCCGACCACAUGGGCGUCGAGGGCCAGUACCACCAGCUGCUGCAGGUCGUCAUCGCCGUGUCGCUGGCCACCACCCUCCUCGGCGUCGCCCUGCCGCGGAGCUUCCCCGUGAGCUUAGUCCGGUCGGCCAGCAUCGCCUUCCAGGGCGUGUGGUUCGUCGUCAUGGGCAUCAUGCUCUGGACGCCCAGCCUCAUCCCCAAGGGCUGCUUCAUGAACCGGGAGGAGGGGCACAGGGUCGUCCGCUGCCGCAGCGACGAGGCGCUCCACCGCGCCAAGUCCCUCGUCAACCUCCAGUUCAGCUGGUACAUGGCGGCCACCGCAGUGUUCUCCAUGCUGCUCUACCUCUUCCUAUCGCACUCCUACACCGAGGAGCCGCAGUACCUGCCUCUGGUGGUCAACGACGGAGCUCAAGAGGAGGAGGAAGACUUGGAGUCACAGAAGACGCUGACCGAGUCCGACAGCUUUGUUCCUAUGGGGAAAGGGUUUAGGCCAUUGGAGCUUGAGAGGUAGAGACAGAAAGGAAGUGCGUCUUGGAUCAUCAUCAUAUCGUGUCUCCCACUUUGUUCUUUGUUCUUCUUGUUUGAUCCUUCCGUCUUUCUUUGUACAGCUUAGGAUACUCUUUUGGCUUCCGGUGCUGUGUGUCUCUUCUCCCCAAUGAAUGGAGGAGAUCAAUGCCAGUUGCCAUCAAUCCUUUUCUUGGAAGAGAAUAGUUGGUGUAGCCUUCUGCUGCUAGUUUGAUCAUUGCUUUUUUUCUUUCUUUCUAAGGUAUCAUCAUCAUCAUCAUCUAUAGUGUACUCUGCAACACGGUAGAUUUGUAAGAGUUUGUCUAUGGAUGGGAGGCAAUUCAAGCAGCAAUAUGUUGAUA